AUGAUCGUCGCCGAAGACGGAAUCGCGAUGGUUUGCUGGUUCAUCUACAACGGUAUAAAUGGUAUUCCUCUUCAUCCCUCACUCCCUACCACCAUCAUCCAACCUCCUAUAUCACAGCAUCGAACCAACCCAACAGAGCUCAGUCCAACAUGUCCCUCUCCCAGCCAUCCACCCCUCAACCGUAUUGGACGCUAUCCAACUAAGGAGACGGAGGCCCCGGAGAAGACAAACGCCUCAAAGAAGACCAACGCCCAGUUUAACGUGCUGGAACUGCCAUGUUCCGGGACAUACAUGGAGAAAUUGUCCAAGACCUCUGUACAACUUCCAACACUCCCCCCAAAGUUCAAACGUCAAUUUACUCUCGGUCCACAGCUUAUUCAAUGUCACUCCCAACGAACCUCGAAAAGGGCCCUUGGCAUCCAAGACCAAGCCAACCAAAGUCUCGGCUCCCUUUUUGGCCGACUCGUGCGACAGAGUCUUAUGGAGGGUCUUUCUCGAUAUGAUACCGAGGAACUCGCAGACGAUCUUGACUUUCUGGAUACAUGCGUGGAUCUUGUUACCCAUGAACUUGUAGAUAGUUGGGUUGGGUGUCUGCGUAUAACGGUUUUGAUGGCUGUUGGACCGACUUGGGAGGAGGAUGCUCGGGAUGUCUAG